AGGAGGAGGAGGAGGAGGAGGAGGAGGCGGUGGUGCCGCUGGCUGUCGCCGACGCCGACCGAGGAGAGGAGACGAGACGAGACACCGAGUGGCCGACGGCGCCGUCGCCGCCGCCGCCCCCGGAGGAGAGGCAGUUAAGUCUAGUAGAAUAUUGGACUGGGAAUACUAGACUGCUCCACUGCCAUUCACUCCAUUUAUCUGUAUCCCUUUCUGAACUAAUAAUUGAGAAAUGAUGUGGAAGGAGCCUGGACUGAAAGCUGUGGUUACUAGUAUGGAUUCUUCAAUGACAUAACCCUUCAUGGCAACUGACCGGAAAAACAGAGGCAACUUCAAGUGUCAGGCUGAAGAAGUGUGUGUGUCUGUGUUUGUGUGCGCGAUAAAUAUUUUAAAUUGUAAUCUAAACCAAUAAUUAAAAAGCAGAGAUGAAGAAAAACCAAACAGUAACUUUCCUUUUUACUGGACUACAAUUGUGGCAUUUGGAGCAUCCUUUCUGAAUUUGAGCUGAAAGAAUUCAUCGGACAAGCUAUGAGACAUCAUCAGGGCAACAGUGGAAAAAAAGAAAUCUGAUUUUUGUGUGUGUGCACUUUUGUUUUAAAUAACCAUUUUCCUCUCUUGAAUCCUAGAAGACUUGCAGAUGAGUGGGAGAUUACUUAUGUGCUUAAUUCUGGGACUUGUUUUUAUACCACAAUGGGAAAAACACGUGAUCUUUGUAGCAGAAUAGAGGAAAAAGCUGGGGGAGUUUAAAGUCGGGGUAGAAGUGGGGGAAAACUCAAAGCUGAAGUGUAGCCCUGUUUUUAAAAGAGAAAGUGAAGACUUAAUGAUUUAUUGAAGGCAAAUGCUUUUUACUACAUUAAAAGCUUUAAAGCAUUUCUGAUUCUGCUAAAUGAAAGAGGGAUUUUCUUUUUUUGUGCCUCUAUGGCAGCAAGAAGUGAGAAAGCAGGCGGAAAAAACGUGAUAAACAGUUCAGGGUAUGUUAAGUUCCAGGUGGAAGCAAAGACCUGCCAUGAAUGCGGGACUGGCUUUGAAUUACAAAAGCCAUAGAAUCCAGUGGGUUUCUUGGUUGUGAAGGGAGAAGGAAACACCUUUUCCCAAAUUUGGACUGGUGUGCACCUACCUGCACAAGCUCUGGUCUGUUUUGCACGGUUUGUGUGCCUUUUUUUCCCUUUAUGCAAUCUUUUUCAGCUUUAGCAGCAGAAAUUUGUCUAGUUCAGAAAACAUGCUAGAGGGUGGCUCAGAAACAGUGAUUAUAUAUAUUCAAUUUCUGCAUUUGAACUCCUGAAGAGAAAAUCCAACUAGAGGAAUUCUUAAAGCCUUAAGUUACUUGAAAUCUACACAUUUGCAACCCUUUGUCUCUGGAAUUGUAUUACCCUAAACUGGAAUCUCAGGCUGUAUAAAGAUAAACAAGUUGAGCAAAAAAGAAGACGCACCUGUUUCUUGAUCACCACUUCUUAACCAUGCUGUUUCUCCAAAGGAUAUGUGAACCCUCACUCUAAGGACUCGAAAAUAAAAAUGAACCUGAAGUUUUUUUUAAGUGUUACUUUUUCUUAGCUGACUGCCAUCAUCUUUUAUAGAGGAAUUUUUCACUAUGCAUUUGGUGGAUAUUUAUAAAACACUGACCCUAUGAUGUGUGCCAGGUCAGUAUUUAUGUUUUAAAGGAGAAAAAAAGCAAAUCAAAACAACAAAAAAGAAAUUGGUUUAAAUUUUUUCUGCACUAAACAUUAAUUUUUUGUAAAAAUAUUAAUAAAAAAGCAUGUAUGCAGCAGUGGAACAUGGGCCUGUCCUUUGCAGCGAUUCAAAUAUUCUAUGCCUCUCCUGGAAAGGUAGAGUUCCUAAGAGUGAGAAGGAAAAGCCAGUGUGCAGGAGGCGGUAUUAUGAGGAAGGAUGGCUGGCUACAGGAAAUGGUCGAGGAGUUGUAGGGGUGACAUUCACUUCAAGCCACUGUAGGAGGGAUAGAAACACUCCUCAGAGAAUAAACUUCAACUUAAGAGGCCAUAACAGUGAGGUUGUAUUGGUAAGGUGGAAUGAACCAUUCCAGAAAUUGGCUACCUGUGAUUCAGAUGGAGGAAUAUUUGUGUGGAUUCAGUAUGAAGGCAGAUGGUCUGUAGAACUGGUGAAUGAUCGAGGAGCACAGGUCAGUGAUUUCACAUGGAGUCAUGAUGGGACUCAGGCUCUUAUCUCAUAUCGAGAUGGAUUUGUAUUGGUUGGUUCUGUCAGUGGACAAAGACAUUGGUCAUCAGAGAUUAAUUUGGAAAGUCAGAUUACAUGUGGCAUAUGGACUCCAGAUGACCAACAGGUACUAUUUGGCACUGCUGAUGGGCAAGUGAUUGUUAUGGACUGCCAUGGCAGGAUGUUGGCCCAUGUUCUACUUCAUGAGUCAGAUGGAAUCCUGAGCAUGUCCUGGAACUAUCCCAGUUUCCUGGUAGAAGAUAGCAGUGAAAGUGACACAGAUUCUGAUGACUAUUCCCCACCUCAAGAUGGUCCAGCAGCAUAUCCCAUACCGGUGCAGAAUAUCAAACCACUUCUUACUGUCAGUUUCACGUCAGGAGACAUUAGCUUAAUGAACAACUAUGAUGAUUUGUCUCCUACUGUCAUCCGCUCGGGGUUGAAAGAAGUGGUUGUCCAGUGGUGCACACAGGGAGAUUUGCUUGCAGUAGCUGGUAUGGAGAAACAGAACCAACUAGUUGAAAUUGCCAAUGGAACCUUUCUGAAGAGUGCUCUGGUCAAAUUUUAUAACGUUCGUGGAGAACACAUCUUCACUCUGGAUACACCUGUGCAACGUCCCAUAAUCUCAAUUUGUUGGGGCCACCGAGACUCACGAUUACUUAUGGCAUCUGGACCUGCCUUGUACGUGGUUCGUGUAGAACACCGGGUCUCUAGUCUUCAACUCCUGUGCCAGCAAGCUAUUUCCAGCUCCAUUAGGGAUGACAAGGAUAUCAGCAAGUUAACCCUGCCACCAAGGCUGUGCUCAUACCUCACUACUGCCUUCAUUCCAACAAUUAAGCCCCCUAUUCCAGACCCCAACAAUAUGAGAGACUUUGUCAGCUACCCAACUGCCGGUAAUGAAAGACUCCAUUGUACCAUGAAGCGGACAGAAGAUGAUCCAGAAGUAGGGGGGCCUUGUUAUACUCUCUACUUGGAAUAUCUUGGUGGAUUAGUACCCAUUCUGAAAGGGCGUCGUAUAAGCAAGCUUCGACCAGAAUUUGUCAUCAUGGAUCCAAAAACAGAUGGCAAAACAGAUGAAAUCUAUGGAAACAGUUUGCUUUCUACCAUGAUUGACAGCUGCAACUGUUCAGACUCCAGUGAUAUUGAGCUGAGUGAUGAUUGGGCUGCCAAGAAAUCUCCCAAAAUCUCUAGGGCUAGCAAAUCACCUAAACUCCCCAGAAUCAACAUUGAAGCCCGAAAAUCUCCAAAGUUAACCCGAGCUGCUCAAGAGAUAUCCAGGUCCCCACGGUUACCAAUUAGGAAACCAUCAAUUGGCUCACCAAGCCUAACUCGGAGAGAGUUUCCACUAGAAGAUAUCACUCAGCACAACUAUCUUGCUCAGGUUACAUCUAAUAUCUGGGGAACCAAAUUUAAGAUUGUAGGUUUGGCUACUUUCCUGCCAACUAACCUUGGUGCAGUAAUCUAUAAAACCAGCCUACUACAUCUUCAACCUAGACAGAUGACUAUAUAUCUCCCAGAAGUACGCAAGAUUUCCAUGGAUUAUAUUAAUUUGCCUGUCUUCAACCCUAAUGUUUUCAGUGAAGAUGAAGAUGAUUUGCCAGUUACUGGAGCAUCUGGAGUACCUGAGAACAAUCCUCCUUGCACCGUGAACAUUCCCAUUGCUCCUAUUCACAGCUCAGCACAAGCUAUGUCCCCCACACAGAGCAUAGGGUUGGUGCAGUCCCUCCUUGCAAACCAGAAUGUGCAGUUGGAUGUCCUAACCAAUCAAACAACAUCUGUGGGAGCAGCCGACCAUGCAAGCGAUAGCACUCUCCAAUACCCAGUCCCCAAUAGGUAUUCUAGUCCGGGACAGGUAAUUUUUGGAGGAGUAGAAAUGGGACGAAUGAUUCAGGCACCUCCUCAGCUUUCCCUGCCACCACAGGGAGCAAUCCAGCUAUCUAUGGGCGAUCAUGGAGACAGAGAACACGAGCACCUCCAGAAGGCAACAAAGGUCCUAAGGCCAGUACAGCAGUUAGCAGCAGAAGGGGAUGCUGUGGUCUUCAACACUACCCAAGAGAUCCAGAUGAAUAAAUUGAACCCGCCACCUCCUUACCCAGGAACUAUCCCAGCUGCUCCCACCACCGCAGCCCCUCCUCCCCCUCUGCCUCCACCUCAGCCUCCUGUGGAUGUUUGUUUGAAAAAGGGAGAUUUCUCUCUUUUCCCCUCUUCGGGACAUUACCAGACCCCUCUUGGCUAUGAGAGGAUCACCACAUUUGACAGCAGUGGUAAUGUGGAGGAAGUCUGUCGUCCUCGGACUAGGAUGCUUUGUGCCCAGAACACUUAUACCCUUCCUGGUCCUGGAAGCUCAGCCACCUUGAGGAUCACGGCCACUCAAAAGAAGGCCCCACAACCCUGUUCCAGUGCGACCCUCAACCGGUUAACUGUUCCCCGCUACUCCAUCCCAUCUGGGGACCCGCCCCCUUAUCCAGAAAUUACUAACCAGCUAGCACACGGGCGAGGAGCUGCCCAGAGAUUAGACAGCACCCUUAUCCAUGCAACUCUGCGCAGAAACAACCGAGAGGUGGCUCAGAAGAUGGCUCAACUGGCAGACAGUCAGCGGGCUACUCUGCAGCACCCGCCAAAACCCAAGAGUAGUGUGGUGACUGCCCAGUACCAGCCAAGGCCACCCGCUGCUCUGUACACCUGCAGCCAGUGCAGUGGCAGUGGGGCGAACAGUGGUGGAGGGAGUGUGAGUGGCGCCAGCGCCAACAGCGGCACCUCUGGCCUCAGUGGCAGUGUGCGGCCUGAUCUGAGCUCUGUGGGCAGCUCCCAGCACAGCUCGGUCAUUGCACACUCGGUCAGCACUUCACCCUUGACUUCCCAGUCUUCAUACAAUCUGCUGAGCCCCCCUGACAACUCUCGUGAUCGGACAGACUAUGUCAACUCUGCCUUCACAGAGGAUGAGGCCCUAUCCCAGCACUGUCAGGUAGAAAAGUCUGUAAGGCAUGCAGCGCUAGCUGAGGCAACCCUGGGAGUGAAACGGCCACCCCCUUAUCAGUGGGACCCUAUGUUGGGAGAGGAUAUUUGGGUUCCUCAGGAAAGGACAGCACAGAGUUCAGUGCCCAACCCUCUGAAACCUCCGCCUCUGAUGAUUGGUCAGGCUCAGCACCUGGAUGUGUCCCGAGUGCCCUUUGUUUCCCCCAAGUCUCCAACCAGCCCUACUGCCACUUUCCAAACAGGCUAUGGGAUGGGAGUACCUUUUCCAGGAAGCUAUAAUAAUCCCCCUUUGCAGGGAAUGCAGGCUCCCUGCUCCCCUAAAGAAGCCCUGUCCUCCACACAAUUUGCACAACAGGAGCCCACUGUCGUACUUCAGCCAGGGUACUCAUCCAACCUUUCCUAUUGCCCCUUGCCACCCAUGUACCCAGGAAGCAGCACAUGUUCUAGUUUACAGCUGCCACCCAUUGCCUUGCAUCCUUGGAAUUCUUACAGUGCGUGCCCACCUGUGCAGAACUCCCAAGGCACUCUUCCUCCCAAAUCACACUUGGUUGUGGAAAAGCCCAUUGUAUCCCCACCUCCAGCUGAGCACCAAGGCCACCUGGGUACAGAAGUGAUGGUGGAGACUGCAGACAAUUUCCAGGAAGUUCUUUCCUUGACAGAAAGUCCUAUCCCACAGCGGACAGAUAAAUUUGGGAAGAAGAAUCGUAAGCACCUGGACAGCCGUGCUGAAGAAGGGAAUGUCCAGGCCAUCACAGAGGGCAAAGGGAAAAAGGAGGCCAGGACUCUGAGUGAUUUCAACUCUCUCAUCUCCAGCCCCCGUCUUGGGAGAGAAAAAAAGAAAGUGAAGAGCCAGAAGGAUCAGUUGAAGUCCAAGAAGCUCAAUAAGACAAAUGAAUUUCAGGACAGCUCAGAGAGUGAGCCAGAACUGUUUAUCAGUGGGGAUGAGCUGAUGAACCAGAGCCAAGGUAGCAAAAAGGGAUGGAAAACCAAAAGGAGUUUGAGGACAGCCAGUGAGCUGGAGGAAUUCAAGUGCCGGAAAGCUAAUGAAAAGGAGGAUGGGAGGUUGGGGAGUCAGGGGUUUGUGUAUGUUAUGGCUAACAAGCAGCCUUUGUGGAAUGAAGCAACACAGGUGUACCAACUGGACUUCGGAGGGCGGGUGACUCAAGAAUCAGCAAAAAACUUUCAGAUUGAGUUGGAAGGGAGACAGGUAAUGCAGUUUGGAAGAAUUGAUGGCAAUGCUUACAUUUUGGACUUUCAAUACCCCUUUUCUGCUGUCCAGGCAUUUGCAGUUGCUCUGGCUAAUGUGACUCAGCGCCUCAAAUGAAAAAAAAAAAUGACUCAAAGGAAAAAGAAACACAAACCUUUUCAAAGAAGUCCAAUCCAGAAAAUGCUGACAGACCCAAUGUUGGGUAUAACAGAGGUGCCUGCAUGGACCAGAAGACAACAGCAAACUGGAAAAGUCUAUCAGGCCCCCUAGAGAGGCCACUGAACUGUAAUUGUUAUUGUUUAUUUGGGUUUUUAGUAUCCUUUUUAUUUUAAGAACAAAAGCAAAAUAUAGUGCUGGUGUUUGAGAGCAAAGGGCUGGAACCAUUCAGUGUUAUUUUGGAAAGUGUAGCUUUGGCUUGUGGUAAUGGUUUUAUUGUGUUUGCUGAUGUAAAGCUAGUAGGGAAGGGGGAGGGCUGGGAAAUGGGGUGGGGUGGGAGAACAGGACAACUAUCCUUUUUGGAUGGACUGCCUUGUAUCAUGCUAUUCUUUUAAAAACAAGGAACAUACAUGUAAUUUUUCAUUCCCUCAUUGCAUCUACCUUUUAUUACUACCCCCAACAUUGACAAUGGUGUAAAAAGAAAAGCCAAAAAAAGAAAAUUCAAACUCUCACAGAAAAUACUUGAAAAUUCAGGUUCUAUUCAUUGGCACCUGAAUAAUGCAGGCAUCUUUUUUGACAUGGGUGGAACAAACUGUGAUUUCUAAAUUCUAGGUUGUUACUACCAAGAGAAUAAUUGAUUACCAACAGACAUUUUGGUAAUAAUUCUAUGUGAGAGAAAUCUGCUUCUGAAAGUGAUCUGAGAUAAAUAUAAUUUGCUCUGUAAUGAAAUAUGAAGAGGAAAUGGCCUGCAAUUUUCUAAUGUUGUUAACAGUAUUGUUUGUACAUGUAAGUGAGAGGCCUGUUGAGUCUUGGUGUAGAUGAAGUGAAAGGGCUGUACUGCUCUUUGAGUGAUUAAUGUUUAAGGUGAGUGAUUUUAGGAGUUGCAUAAUAUGGAAGUUUCUUUCCUAAAAGCAAUGGCAAUUGUUUGUCAUGAUUGACUGAAAGGAGGUGCAGAAGCUGAACUUAAGAGAUCUAGUAAUCCCCUUUCCCCGGGUAUGUUAUGCUGGGAAUAUUUUUGAACAGGAUGGUUGGAUUAGAUGACUCCCGAGAUCCCUCCCAACUCUGUCAUUCUGGGAUUCUGUAGUUAGAAAAGAGUGAUUGAUUGUUCUCUAGUCAGUAGUUGUAAUUCCUGUGAGAACCAACAACAGUCUCCUGGAAGGUAGGACAGGGUUAUGGAGAAGAUGUUACUGUAUGAUUUGUAUUUAUUUCCUCAUCCUCCAGAUUUGUCUCUUCACUGCUCUCUCUUAAAGAGAAAAGUGUUCCUAAGUAUUUUUUCCUUUGAGAGUAUGCUUUACUAUUCUCUGCUACAUAUAAAUUUUUAAAUCCUUGAAGUGAUUUUCCAUUAGAAUGGAAACUGUUAAUUCAUGUAUUUAUAAGGGCAUAUUAAGCAGGGUAGUAAAAGAUAUUAGUUUCACCAAGUUUUGAAAGUUGUCCUGUUGUUCCCCAUGAAUAAAGUUACUUAUUUAAUAGUAUAGAGUAUUUUGCAGAGGAAUAAAGCCUUUACAAAAAUCAACAACACUUUGAGAGCCUUAGGAAUUACUAUCAACAACUUGCUUAAACUUUUUUCAAUGGAUUUCUAUUCCACUAGUUUGCUGCUAUUAAGAAAGCUAUUACACCCACCCCGGGUUUCUUUGUACAUUCACUUGAAUGAAAGCUUCUUAAAUGAAAGGAGGAUAAAAUGAUGACUAUGUGAAGUACAAAACAGAUCCAUCACUAAUGCUUCUUUUAAAUAUGAUUUUGAAUAUCUGGGCAUUCCAUUUGUACCACUAGUAUAAAUGUCAUUUUUGGUCUUCCUCCUUUAACUCAAAGUCAAGAUGGCUCUCCAUAGCAGAGUGCUCCUUUUUUUUUUUUUUUUUUUUUUAAUCACCUUCAUUCUGUACCUCUUUCUACCACCAAGUGGAAGAAUGAUUUCUUGGGCAAUGUUUGGGCCCUGAAAUCAUGAUCUUAAUUGAUUUUUCUGAAUACACAAGUUUGAUAUUGCUAAACAGUGUUCCUGAGAACAUGCAAAAUUUUAGUUUUAACUUGUCAACUUGUUGAGGGUCUUGUAUUUGGAUUUUGUUUGGAAACAGACAAGUGGAAAAUGUUAUAAAAAAAUUAAAUAAGUUCAAGACUUAAGCAUUUAUUGUUAAAUUCCCUGUUUGGUUUUAUGAACACUAAAACAGCAUGUAGGCAUAAAAAUUAGAAACAAAAACUGACUUAUCCAUUGCUCAGAGCAAGAGAUUGUCAAUAGCCAUUCUCUUCAGGCCCUUAAAAAACAUUGAUAUGAUUUUAAGACAUUAUGAAAGUUACUGUUUGCCAGCCAAAACUGAAAUAACAUUUUAUAUUUAAACGUUAAAAACCAGUUUUUUGAUAGAUAAGUUCUUCUAGGAAGAAUUUAGCAAUGUGUCCAGAAUUAUCUAAUUCUUUUAUACAUUAGUUUUCUGUAGCCUGAUGAUGGCUUUUCAAUGCUUAUUUUUAGUUGUGCAAUAAUUGUUACAGCCUAGUUUUUUAAAUAAUUUAAAUGCAAAUUCUUAUUGUCCUAGAGACAAAUUAUUUAUCUUGCUUAAUGGAAUAAAUGUUUUUAGGGAUUAUUUUAUUACUAUGUACUGGUGAGUUAUACCCACUUUCUUAUUUAUAUAAAAAGAGCAUCCUUGUAACUAAUUAUUUGAUAGCAGUACAUUUUGCUGCAAGAAUUGCAGAAUGUGUAUAGAAAGAUUUUGUUUUUGCUGGACAAUUUGCAACUUUUUAUAAUUUAAGGAAAGAAAUGUUAUUAAUUUGGCAGUUAAAAAACAACAACAAUAUCUUUGAAUAUGAUCCAUUAAAACUAUGGUCUCCAUGUGAUGAUGUAAUUUACCUAGAUGUUUUCCUUUUGUGCUGAAUUUUCUUUUUAAAUAAAAAUAGAAUAUUAUGAGUGGGUAAAAAUGAGAAAGUGGGAAUAUCAGUAAGAAGAGAAUUUUAAGUAAUUUGCUUCAGAUUUUUAAAAACGCUGUUUAAUUUUUGAAAUGUGACAUAAAAAGAUAAUAUAUGGAUUAUGUAAUAAAAGCCUUUCUAAAUGAAGGUCAAUACACAAGAGAAUUAUUUGGAAUCUUUUAUGUCAGAUAAGUAUGUAAAUUAUGUUUCAAAGAUAAUUAGCUUUUUAGCAAAUUCUCAGUCUGCUCCCCAAAAGACAAAUAUGUUCUGCCCCCAAAUCACUUUGUGUACUUUUUAGUGCUUUAUUCUCAUUUGGGACCUCUGCAGUUCAGUGUCUAGGUACCAAACAAUAUGCACCUAACAUUUACCACUUAUCAUUUGCUCUAUGAAGUGUAGGGGCAGAAUAACCUGGUACCAAAAUAGAGCAUAAAUUUAUGUCUAUAGUAGCUCAACCCUAGGGUGUUUUUAGAUUAACAGUGAUCCUUUUACUCAUAAAAGAAUUAUUUUUAUCAGAGACCUAAUUACUUUAUUGUUAAGAAGUUUAUAUGUGUGUAUAUACAGUAUACAUAAAUACAUACACACACACGUGAAAAUUCCUAAUGGGAGCUCUAAAUUAAAAAAAAAAUUAUUAGUAUUAUAAGAGAAAAAUAUAAUGGAAGAAAGUGCAUAUAUUUGACCUAGGAACCAAUUUUGAGUUUAUUUUACUCUAACAUUGUCAAAGAAAAAUAAGAUUUUCUGUGCAAACACACACACCUUACAUGUGGGCCAUGAUGAUACUGAGAACAAUAAAGUAAACAUUUUUCUGAGUUUUGAUUGUAUUAUAAACCAAAAUGUUUUUCAGGUUAAUUCUUCUUGACUUAGACUAUUGUUAAUUGUAGUCCUACUGAAUGAACUAUAAGCCAAAACUUGUGUUAUUGUUUUGUGAUAAGAUGCAAAGAGCAGUAAACUGUGAGCCAAUUUCUAAUGGCUUCUGAUGCUGGCUUUAUUCCUUUUCUAGCUUGGCUUCUCUGGAACUUAGUUUUUUCAGUGUAAAAAGAAGAUAGAUCCCUUCCAGUUUUAACAGAGUCUCUUGUUUCAAGUGGUACAGUUUUAAGGUUCUACUUAGGUGAUUUGAAAUACAGGUUUAUUCAAGAGAAACAUCUUUCUCCAGGACUGUUAAUGAGCUAUCUAUGGAAUCCAUCCAUUUUGUUUUUAAGAUGUAAUCCCUUUAAACAAUUUGUCACUAGGAAAGAAUUGAUUUGAAAAAUUGUUUCUUUUCUAAAAAUUCUCCAGGACCUUGAACCAAAGAGGAUGUCACAGGAGUCUCCUUCUAAUUGUCUCCUGUGUAGCUUACUUCCCUGCCUGAAAGGCAGAUAAACCACCAUUCCUUAUUUGCCUCAUUUCCAUUAAAAAAUAGUGUUGUAGAAUGGGGGGGGAGGGGGAAUACACAAACACACACAGACACACACACACACACACAUAUGUACACACACACACCACACAUAUAUGUAUGUGUAUAUAUAUGUGUUUGCAUGUAUCUAUCUCCAAGAAGAUCUGGAAUUCCUGAAAUGUUCGCUCCAUUGUUACACUGGCUUAUAAGAGGAUUCUUUCCUCAUACAGAAGCUUUGAAGAUUGAAGUUUUUCAUUUGGCCAUGUAAAUGUUCAUUAAAAGGCUAGUCAAAAUAAUUCUAAUUUUUUUAAUUGUAAAGAAAAUUUUUUUCAUAUAACUAAUAAUAUUUGAGUUCAUAAAAUUUCAUAAUAGCACACAGUUCAUAACUUUGUCUCCAUUAUGUAUUUCUGUCUCUGCUUUAUAAAACUUUAAAGGUUUUCUUUUUCCAGAAAUAUAUAUGUACAUAUAUAUGUGCAUAUGUUUAAAUUUUGUGUUCACUUUCAAUUAUAUUUUCCCCAAUUUUUUCUUGUAAUUUCUGUUUGGGGGUGGGGUGGGGCUUUAAGAUCUUGUUGUUUGUUGUAGAUAAAAAUAUGUAUAGUGUUGUGGAAUAGCAUGGGUAUGCAUUUGACUGAAAAAGGCAUUAUUGUUUAUCAAAAGGGAUAUUCUUUGCAUUUGUUUAUAAAUGCAUUACUUUGGUACUGUAACUUUGUACAUUAUUUCUGAGUUUAUUACAACUGUUUUCGUCUUUUUUCCUUUCUUUUUUCUUUCAAAUUAAGUGUGCAGUUAUGAAGGUGCAUAAGUCCCAAACAAAACAAGACCAGCAUGCUAUUUUCAGUCCUUCGGGAAACAGAGGACACCUGUGCUGUGUGCUCUUCCAUAAUUAUAUAGCAUUAUAUUUUAGUUGACUGCCUUGCUUUCUUUUACUUCCUGAACCAAGAGCUGUUCAGACCCUGCAUUACAUUGUGAUAACUCACCCUAAUCUGCCUCUCCUUAUGUAUUUUGUGUAUUAGAUUGUGAAGGAGGAUGUAUCCUAGAAAGAAAGUAUUAAUGGUUUCCAUUUUAAAAGAUGUGGUUUGUCUAAAUUCUUUACUGUCUUUAUUAUUGAGAUGGAUCAAUUGCCCUAUUUUUUUUCCUUGAUGAUUGGAGUUGUAAGAGUUGUCCAGCUGUUGCUUAAUAAAAUUUUGCAGAAUAGAAAAAUUAAUAACUAUAGAAUUGAAA